AUGCUGCCCAGGAGAGUGACCCGAGUGGUCCCUGCUCCACCACCCAAGGCUCCAACUUUACCACCCGUGCCUCCUGUUCCACCUCCAAAGAUCCCUGCUCCCCUGCCUGAGGAUGUUGUUCCUCCACCCGAAGCCGGUGCGAACCCGACCGUGCCUGCAGUAGUGCGAAGGGCUCAGAUCUACAAGACUGAGUGGGCCGGCAUGCAGGCCAACAGAGAUCAGAGGAGGGGUCAGAAGAGGCAGGCCACCUUCAGUAGUUCCCAGCAGCAGCGACGACCACAGAGGUAUAAGAGCCACCCACCUGACACCAUAGGUGGGAGUGUCCACGACCUCGGCAGCAGCAGCCAAGAGUACCAUAAUAGCCUCCACAGCAGCCGAGAGUACCGCAGUAGCCUUCACAGCAGCAACGACAGCAGAUUCUACCACUGA